UGCUGCCUUUCAGCUACUGUCAGACAAGACAAACAGGUUUCCCCUCCAUGACCCAGACAGGCUUAGGCAAUGGCUGGUCAACAUGAAGAGAGAGAAUUGGAGCCCAUCUAAGCACCAGCACUUGUGCAAUGAACACUUCACAUCAUCUUGCUUUGAUGUUCGAUGGGGGAUACGUUAUCUGACAAACACCGCAGUGCCUACGAUAUUCAACAGUUCAGACAUCCAGACGAAACGAAAGUCAAGCACCACACAAAAGUCUUCAUGCAAUCCAGAAAAGAAAACUAGAAUAAGUAAACCUGUGCCACUACUCUCAACAGUUAAUGAAAUAUGCCAGACUGGAAAUGCUGCUUCACUUCAGCUGUAUGCCUUAACUGUUGACCCUAAUGUGCCAUGCAGCCCUUCAUUAGAGGAUGCGCUCCCUCUUGGGUGCAGUGUAACUUCAGGUGCCAUUCAGACAAUAGUGCCAGCAUUAUCCAUAUCAGGCAGUCAUGAAGCGGAGGGUGAAGUCAGCAUUUUCCCUAUUGCGCUUUUUCAGAGAAUGCCUAUUCUAAAUGGUGAAGGUGACACUGGAGCAAACCCUUCAGAAUCUGUACCUGGACUUGCUGACGAUAAAGUAGACCUUUCAGCUGUCUCUGCCUUUUUCGCUGAGGUGGAGGAUGAAAUUUCCGGUGACAAAUCCAAGGACGAUGCUGUUGUCACACCGGAGGUAGUAGAACAUCCAACUCUAGUAGUUGAAAAUGUUUCUGUGAGUCCUCUAGUGGAACCUAUGCUAAACUCGUCAAAGGAUGACCAAAUCACCCAGGAUGAGCCUGCUCUUCAGAUUAUAGCUUAUUUUGAGACUAUUCCCAGCAACACUGUGCUCCCCUCAAGUCCAACAUCUUGUCCGGCUUCAAGCUCCACUGCUCUGGACACUGUGUUAUCUUCAGCUUUGACUCUCCCAAUUGUGUCUACCUUACCCAUUGUUUCAAAUCAGAGCACAUCACCACAUUCUUUGGUCAUGACGGUGGAGAAGGUAGAUGGUGACAACGCAGCCCUCGAGAAACAGCUGGAAGAGCACAGAUGCUACUGAUGUCAAAGGGGUCCUCAACGCAGCAGGUUGCGUGUGCGGGGUAAAAAGUCACAUUCAUUGCUGGCUGCUUGUGCGCACAGGGGACAGAAAUCCUCUGAUCAGCAUGUCCAGCGAGGCACACUCAGAAACCGUCGCAUGCGUCUUCCUUCUCCUGAUGCUUUAAUUAGUAACA